CACACAGCACGCGCUGCUACUCGCCUCCUCACUGCAUCUGUCCUCUUCUCCCUGAAGUGAGGUACCAUGCAUCCUGCUCUACCCUCCUCCUCCUCCUCCUCCUCCUCUCCACUUGUCUCUUACCAUUCCAGGGUGUCUUCAUCAAGCACAGCCUUCCUGCUGCAAAGCCGGGCACCAUAAAACCACCAGUCUUACUUGCUCAGUGGACUUUGGAGACGGGACAAGGCUGAGGACAGCUGCUGGAGACGCUGCUGCUGUUUUGUUGGGACGCGGAUCUUUGCCAGGUCUCUCUGCUCGCUUUGUAACAACGCUUGAUUCCUCUCAAUGGUGCAGGAGGGCACACGUCAACAGAGAAGCUCUUCUGUGUUUGUCAGAGAACAUCCACUGUGUGUAAGGACAUCGGAAACGCUUUAACCGUGUGUGUGUCGUGGAGUGAGACCGACAGAGGAUCUCUGCUUCAACUCAGCUUGAGAUUCUCCUACGAAGAAACUGAGAAAGCUCAGAGUCCCACUCCGGCCUGGGAUUUCCGAAUGAGAUUCAGCAGCAGCAGCGGCAGGCCGGCAGUCAUGGACCACAGACUUCCAACUCCACACAGGAUCAACAAGGACAAAGCCUAAGUUCCACGGGCAGAAAUCAGCACGGCCGUUAAGCGCUCUGAGGACACAUACGAAUCCUUGUUUGUCUCGGAGCAGCUCGAGCAGCCUCUUGCCAACAGCCAUGCAGGUGUCCUUCGCCUGCACGGACCACGGGCUGAAGGCCCCGCGUAACGGCGAGCACAGCAAGCAGAACGCCGCCAGCACCAACACAGCCAGCCAGGCCCGGGCCCGCUUCCGCACCGUGGCCCUGAUAGCUCGCAGCCUGGGCUCCUUCACCCACCGCUACCACCACAACCUGAAGGAGUCCACCGCCAAGCUCACCGGCAUGAAGUACCGGAACCUGGGGAAAUCUGGGUUGCGUGUCUCCUGUCUGGGACUUGGCACAUGGGUAACGUUUGGAGGUCAAAUCUCCGAUGAGGUGGCAGAGCAGCUGAUGACCAUUGCCUACGAGAGCGGAGUGAACCUGUUCGACACGGCAGAAGUCUACUCCGGCGGAAAAGCAGAGAUAAUCCUGGGAAACAUCAUCAAGAAAAAAUGCUGGAGGAGAUCUAGCUUGGUGAUCACCACAAAGCUUUACUGGGGAGGGAAAGCCGAGACGGAGAGAGGCCUCAACAGAAAACACAUCAUCGAAGGUUUAAGGAGUUCUCUCCAGAGGAUGCAGCUUGAGUAUGUGGAUGUGGUUUUUGCCAACCGGCCAGACAGCAACACCCCCAUGGAGGAGAUAGUGAGGUCGAUGACACAUGUGAUCAACCAGGGGAUGUCCAUGUACUGGGGGACAUCGCGGUGGUCUGCAAUGGAAAUCAUGGAAGCAUAUUCGGUGGCCAGGCAGUUUAAUCUAAUUCCACCAGUGUGUGAGCAGGCAGAGUAUCACUUCUUCCAGAGGGACAAAGUGGAAACUCAGCUGCCAGAGCUGUAUCAUAAGAUAGGUGUGGGUGUGGUGUCGUGGUCACCUUUGGCCUGUGGAAUUAUCACUGGGAAAUACGAGAAUGGCGUCCCUGAGUCCUCCAGGGCCUCCAUGAAGCCAUACCAAUGGUUGAGGGAGAAAAUACUGAGUGAGGAUGGGAGGAAACAACAAGCCAAGCUAAAGGAACUGACUUAUGUUGCGGAAAAGCUUGGAUGUACUUUGCCGCAGCUAGCCAUAGCCUGGUGUCUGAGGAACGAGGGAGUGAGCUCAGUGCUGCUGGGAUCCUCCAAUCCGAUCCAGCUGACAGAGAACCUGGGUGCCAUUCAGGUAAUUCCAAAAAUGACAGCAGGCAUUGCUUCAGAAGUGGAUCAAAUACUGGGAAAUCGCCCUCACAGUAAAAAGGACUACCAGCAUUAAAAUGGACAGUGUUUUAGUGAACUAUGCUCCAAAAGCUUAUCAAAGCUCCUUUCUCACAGCCAUGGCACCAUUAGCGAGUGUCCAACUUUGCUUGUGUACGCGUCUGACUGUAUGUGACUGUGUAAAGUGUUCCACUUGGCUCCUUCUCUGUAUGAAUACCUACCAGUACUCAUUAUUGUAGUCUGAGCUACUAACAAAACAUGCAUGCUACAGCCGGGCUGGAGGACAGCUAGAAGGUCCAGGGAGAUGAUUUCGGCAGCAAAAUUGUGUUGUGUGCUCCAACAAGCCGCUGAACCACACAUUCAAAGAAUCAUGAGAUUAGAUUAAUGGUGAAAGUUCAUAGAUGGUUUAUUAACAUGUACCCAAUGUUACAUGAAUUAACGUUGCUAGAUGUUUUUGAUGUGAAGAAAAACAAUCAAUGAUGACGUGUGGAAUUGGAUCUCAGCAGACUGGAUGACAUGUUUACAUUUCCUUUGGCAGCGGAAGCUGGCCUGUCAACGAGAUUAAUUAUUUCAGUAUUGGAUUAAGUGAAAUUCUGCUCACAAUGUUGCAAAUACCAAGAGUUCAAAAAGUAACUAAAAUAUGUUUCAAUGCAUAAGUACUGACUAUUAUGUAUAUUAUCCUCAUUAAGCAGCUACGUGAAUUUUUCAUUACAUGUUGUAAUUAUUUUCGUUUUCACUUAUUCAAAAGUACAAUAUGGUGUACUUCUCUGUUGUGUCCCGUUUUUUAAUUAAGCAGAAUUUUAUCAGUAA